AUGUUGUUAGCGGCUGCGAUCAGAAGGUUGCAAGAGGAAGAUUUGGACGAGCUGAAGAGCAAAGACACGGCCACGAUUCCCCUGGAGGUCAACACUAUCCGCUUCUCAACCAGCGAUAACUGGCGCAGCUUGGCCGGUUGCUUCAACCUAGUUGCCACUGCGUACUACAUCAUAGAGCAAGACUUGGCCUUUCAUCUCGCCGAGUCCAUUACUCCAGCAAUAUUCGCCCAGAUUGACGCCAAAUUUCCGAGAUUCAGGUCUAUGUUUGAAUCAGAGUUGACAAACCAUAACACCAGGAACCCUGCAGAUGGCAGGCCCCGCUCGAGGAAAGACAUUGUCGAUAGGGUGCGACCUCCCCUCUGCCACUUGGUAGGAUUCUUUUUCGGGCUCAAGGUCGACAAGGUCAAUGUCUAUGGACCCUCUGCCUAUCUCGGCUUUGCUGAUAUUCAUGAAGAAGACUUCAUGGACCCAUACGGUAAAUUGCCAGGUGACUCUCAUGAUAGAUGGCAACAGCAGUCAGGGGAUGUCCGAGAUGCACUCUCGUAUUGUCUGCGGCUCAUUGCUGAAGAGGCCCCAAAGGAAUUUGAGGAUCAGGUACAUAAGACCUUGCCCCACUGGAUUGGCAAGGAGGAUGUCGCUCAUGCAUUGGAUCUAUUGAAUAUUCACGACUUUGUGUGGAAGCUCCCCGAACUUUGGAGAUACUCCGACGAGUUCUACCAGGAGCUUGGCGAUAUUCCCUACAAGCCACGUCCAGAAAACGCCGAAAGAUGUCAAUACGGUGCCGAAUAUAAUAAUCCCAUAAGAAUGAUCGAUCAUUUUGAUUACCGCUAUCGCGAUAAGAUAAGAUUCUCUGCUACCGCUACAGCAAUACCUUUUUUCAACAGGCUGCCUGCUGAGCAGCGAACACAGAUCCGCAGGAUCACAUUGCUUGAAGACGCGCCAUCAGUCAACAUGUCGUCACUCCACGCCCCGGGUUUGGUCCCUUUAUACAAGGAAAACCCACGACUACAGGUGAAGCGCCGUGUCAGUGUUUUUGGCUGCAUACAUAGCUCGGCGGGACCAGAGAAGGAAUGGAUGACUCGGGACAAGCCUAGAUAUCUGUAUGGGCCCGAAUUCCUCUUGUCUCUACAAUCAUGGCUCAUUGACGCUCUUUCAAUGCGAGACUUGGGUAUCCCUUCCGGCUCCUUCAUUCUUACUUUGUGGGCUGGAUCCUAUGGCGACUUUUGUACCGACCUCUUUCAACGGUGCGUUCACAUGGCCCUUGCAGAGGGCCCAGCAUUCGAUAAAUGCUGCGAACUUGACCUCUUCGGAUCUGCUACACAUCAGUUGCCCGUCACACCGGAUAAGUUCUUCUUUGACCCCAGAUUCAGGGAAGCGGUUGAGCACUUGGUUAACAAGACGUCGAUUUUGCAGUCGGACUUUCACCCUGGGGUCCCGGUAGACCCCAACGUAUUGGUGGAGGAAAGUAAAGGAAUUGACGAUUUGGAAGACCUUGUUGACAGAUGGGGCUAUCACGCAGCAAGCCUUAGCUGCGGCAUUCCCGCUGAUCUAUACUACGAUUUCAUUCUACCUCCUCGGUUCGAAUCAGAGCAAGGAGCAGUAUAUCGAGCCACAGGGAGGAGGGGUCAAGGAACAAGACUCGUAAUCAAAAUGGUCUUCGAAUGGUCAUUGGUGUAG